AUGCCAAUUGUAAUCCAAUAUUGGAAAAACAAAGGGAUCAAGGCGAUAUUAUUGAUCACUUUGAAGGAAGGAGAGGAAAUUAAACAUGAUAAAGCGGCUGCAAAAGUUUUGCAAUUCGCUGAGGAAGAGCUGGGUGUAAGUAAAAUGGGAUGUAACAUUCUGUAAUCUCAGAUAUUCAUUAUUUUUUCCAUUUUUUAGGCAAAAGUCGAGUACUUCCGCAACAAGACGCUCAAAACUGGCCAAUUUGCGCAAACUUUGCGAAGUUUUGCCGCAGGCACCGAAUUCUCAAGGCACUUGGAUCCGGAUAAAACGGUGUUCAUCACAAGCGACGCAGAUUUCUUUCCAAAUGAUACAAAAAAUCACAUUCCCAAAGUGAGAAAAGGGAAGGAAAUCUUGUUUUACGACCACGAAUGCUGUGGGUAUUUGAGGUUCCACGGCGAACGACAUCGGAUGUACAUGAUGAUUACAAUUGGCAUGACGUUGAGAAGGUGGAGGGAAAUCAUAGGUAGGCCUUAUUCCUAUUUACAAUUAACUCAGACUUCCAUCAAACUUGGCUCGCCAAAUUGUCGAAUCUAGGGAGAGCACGCGAAGAGCGGAGAGCGGUCCGAGAGAGAAGCGUUUUUGGUCAUGUCUUUGUCAGUUUGGCGCGGAGACACCUUAUUUUUAGUUGAAACAUUUCCCUAAAUGUGGUCAGCGGUCAGGCCGGGCUCGAAAUUUGACAAGCCGGCAGGGCCGUGGGCCAUAGUUUUUUUCAGGCCCGGCCGUUCUCAUUGUUUCCGCGCCGGGAAAAUUCAUUGAUGGUUACAACUUCUCAAAUAUGAAAGAUUUUCUAGGCUUGAGAUAUUCAAAUAUCGCAUAUCUGAAGAUUUUUUAUCGGAUGUUUAAAAAUGCACAACAAGAAUGCAAAAUGUAAACCAAAUAUGUGCGCGUUGUUUUCCGUACGUCCCCACUAAAUUUAUGAAGCCUCAUAGCACCAAAGACGUAUUUUCAGGGAUCCCAGACCAUCCAAUUGACGGCGACUGGGUGGAUUCUUAUGUAAAUAGCACCUUUUUGGGGGUGAUUCACAAAAAGAACGUAUGGUGGCAAUGGUUUUUGGAUCAGCGGUUCUUCAGCAUCAAACUGAAAAGAUGGAGUGACAUAAAUCAAGAGGAGUAAGUUAUCCAUGGAAAGUAAACUAAUGGUGUUUAAUUUUUCAGAUUCCAAAACGUCGUAGAAUAUUAUCGCCGCAUAGGACAGCCUCGCCUAGAGAGAUGGGAAUGGCCAGACGACGAAGUUAUGGCCAAGACAGAUGUCUGGAAGACCUACGAAAGUGCUCAUCUGACUCCGGGGAUCUUCAUGGAUAACAUUUGGGAGAAGAAUCUCGUUUUUUACAAACGAAUCUUCCCUUCGGAUCAAGUCGAAAAGCUGACGGAAUAUAGAAAUAGUGUGGUGGAGGUGAUGAAUGUAACCGAGACUUUGAGACGGCAUUAUCAUCCAGCCCAGAAAGACCCAUAUUGGAAAACGACUUUCCAAAUGAAGGGCAUGCUGGGCGAAGCAAAGGAUAAGGAAAAGAAGAGGGAGAAGCCCUGA